AUGGAUAGACCUAUUGAUGAAAUCGUCAAAAAUCUUUUGAAAUUCGUAGUGCGAGGAUUUUACGGUGGUUCGUACGUUUUGCUACUGGAUGCGAUACUCUUCCACUCUGUUCUGGCAGAAGAGGAUUUAAAGCAAUUACUAGGCAUAAAUAAAACAGAUUUAGGACCCUUGGUGGCUAGACUUAGAUCUGACGGUUUAAUGUCUACUCAUAAGCAGAGAGAAUAUCCACCAAAUUCCAAGAGUGUAGAGAGGAUAUAUUUUUAUAUUAAGUUUCCACACGCUAUUGAUGCAAUAAAAUGGAAGGUUCAUCAAGUUGUACAAAGACUGAAAGAUGAUCUAGAUAAAAAUUCAGCUCCAAAUGGGUACAUGUGCGAAAUAUGCUCUACGAAAUAUAGUCAACUAGAAGCUGUACAGCUAUUGAAUUACGAUAGAACGGAGUUUGUCUGCUCAUUAUGUGAUCAUCCACUGGUGGAAGAUGACUCGGGUAAGAAAAAUAAAGAAAAACAAGAUAGGUUGAAUAGACUUAUGGACCAAGUUCAACCUAUUAUUGAUUAUCUGAAAAAAAUUGAUGACUCAAGAAUCGACGAAAAUACCUUCGAAACCGCUCUAGCAAGAUUAAUACCACCGCAAAAUCAAUCUCGUGCUGCUUACACAUAUAACCCAAAGAAGGGCAGUACGAUGUUCAGACCAGGGGAUUCCUCAUUGACUGCUGGUGUGGAUGGUACUUUACUUGGUAAUGAUAGUAGCAGGCGUGCAGGAGCUAAUUCACAAGCUACGCUACAUGUCAAUAUUACAACUGCAAAUGAUGAGAUCGCUCAACGGGUGCUACAAGAACGUCAAGCGGAAGAGAAAAGAAAGCAAAAUGCUGUUCCUGAGUGGCAUAAGCAGAGUACUAUUGGAAAAUCUGCGUUGGGCAGGCUGGAUGAGGAUGAAGAAUUUGAUCCAAGGACUACCGCACAGGCAAAUAUGUCUCUCGAAGAAACGGCCAUCGAUGGUGUUAAUGGUGAUGGAAAAGGUGUUGAUGAGUUUUAUCCAAAGCAUCGUCCUUUGACCGAGAAAGAAAUAGAAGAAAGGGAAAAUGAGAGAACAUUAAAUGAAUAUUAUGCUUCUCUAGCCAAGAAACAAAAAGAACUCAAAGAUGAUGAAGAGGAUGAUGACGAUGAUGAUGAUGAACCCGGAGAUUAUGAUGAUGUUCCGUUAAAGGACGAUGAUGAUGAUGAUGACGAUGAUGAUGAUGACGACGAUCUUGAAGACGUCGCUGAGAAAAAUGAUCAGGAGGGGGAACAGAACAUUAAACAAGAGGAACCUAAAGUCAAUGGUAUCAACGGCAUUAGUGGUACUACUGAUAGCAAUACCAAUCGACGAACCAGUGAUGACAACGACGAUGACGAUGAAGAAAUGGAUAUAGAAUUUGAAGAUGUUUAG